UUGGAGGCUCCGGACUCAGCGGCGGAGUCGCCGCGCGGGAUCCCAGCGACCCGGCUCGAGCUCCGGCGCGAGGUGCACACCUCCAACCCGGGUCUGCCACGCGCGCACACCCCCCAUGACAGCUCUCCGCGGGGCGCGGCGCUGAGCGGGCCCAGCGCGUGUCCGCAGGGGAGAAGUCCGACUCCCAGAGCCCGGCCCCGGUGCUCGCCGCCGGCUCCCGCUCCUCCUCCCUCCGCUCGCCGCCGCCGCCGCCGCGUGGAUGCCAAGUACCAGCUUCCCUGUCCCUUCCAAGUUUCCACUCGGCCCUCCGGCCGCAUUCUGCGGGAGCGGAGAAACUUUGGGGCCCGUGUUGCCCGCCGUCAGUACCAUGAAGGCGGCGGAGGAAGAGCACUACGGUUUCGCACCCUCCAGCACCGGCUCAGCCCUGCCACUCCCCGCAGCACACACCUCCCUGGCAGCCCCAUGCCACGACCUCCAGACAGCCACUCCUGGCAUCUCAGCCGUUCCCACAGCUGGGCACCCCUCGGGGUAUGGAGGGGCCGUGGACAGUGGGCCCGCGGGGUACUUCCUGUCUUCUGGCCACGCCCGGCCCAACGGGGCCCCAGCUCUGGAGAGCCCCCGGAUCGAGAUCACCUCGUACCUGGGCCUGCAGCACGGCAGCGGCCAGUUCUUCCACGAUGUGGAGGUGGAGGACGUGCUGCCCAGCUGCAAGCGGUCRCCGUCCACUGCCACCCUGACCCUGCCCAGCCUGGAGGCCUACAGGGACCCCUCCUGCCUGAGCCCGGCCAGCAGCCUCUCCUCCAGGAGCUGCAACUCGGAGGCCUCGUCCUACGAGUCCAACUACUCGUACCCGUAUGCGUCCCCCCAGACGUCCCCGUGGCAGUCGCCCUGCGUGUCCCCAAAGACGACAGACCCCGAGGAAGGCUUUCCCCGAGGCCUGGGGGCCUGCCACCUGCUGGGCUCCCCCCGACACUCCCCGUCCACUUCUCCCCGCACCAGCAUCACGGAGGAAAGCUGGCUGGGGGCCCGCAGCUCCCGGCCCACGUCCCCCUGCAACAAGCGCAAGUACAGCCUCAACGGCCGGCAGCCCUCCUGCUCCCCGCACCACUCGCCCACGCCGUCCCCCCACGGCUCCCCCCGGGUCAGCGUGACUGAGGACACCUGGCUGGGCAACUCCACCCAGUACACCAGCUCGGCCAUCGUGGCGGCCAUCAACGCCCUGACCACUGACAGCCUGGAUCUGGGCGAGGGGGUCCCCRUCAAGUCCCGCAAGACCACCCUGGAGCAUGCACCCUCCGUGGUACUCAAGGCGGAGCCCACCGGGGAGGAGCUGGGGGUCACCCCGCCCACGUCCGACCUGCCGCCCGAGGAGUUCACCUUCCAGCCCCUGCGGAAGGGCCCCUUCUGUGAGCAGUACCUGUCGGUGCCACAGCCCCCCUACCAGUGGGCCAAGCCCAAGUCGCUGACCCCUGCGACCUACGUGAGCCCGUCUCUGCCUGCCCUUGACUGGCAGCUGCCAUCCCACUCGGGCCCGUAUGAGCUGCGGAUUGAGGUGCAGCCCAAGUCCCACCACAGAGCUCACUAUGAGACGGAAGGCAGCCGGGGGGCUGUGAAGGCGUCGGCCGGAGGACACCCCAUUGUACAGCUGCACGGCUACCUGGAGAACGAGCCGCUCACGCUGCAGCUGUUCAUCGGGACGGCGGACGACCGCCUGCUGCGGCCCCACGCCUUCUACCAGGUCCACCGCAUCACGGGGAAGACCGUCUCCACCACCAGCCACGAGGCCCUCCUGUGCAACACCAAGGUCCUGGAGAUCCCGCUGCUGCCGGAAAACAACAUGAGAGCCAUCAUUGACUGCGCUGGGAUUCUGAAGCUCAGAAACUCAGACAUCGAGCUGCGGAAAGGGGAGACAGACAUAGGCAGGAAGAACACCAGGGUGCGGCUGGUCUUCCGAGUGCACGUGCCACAGCCCAGCGGCCGGACGCUGUCCCUGCAGGUCGCCUCGAACCCCAUUGAGUGCUCCCAGCGCUCGGCCCAGGAGCUGCCCCUGGUGGAGAAGCAGAGUCUGGACAGCUACCCAGUUGGCGGUGGGAAGAAGAUGGUGCUGUCAGGCCACAACUUCCUGCAGGACUCCAAGGUCAUCUUCGUGGAGAAGGCUCCAGAUGGCCACCAUGUCUGGGAGAUGGAAGCCAAGACUGACAGAGACCUGUGCAGACCAAACUCGCUGGUGGUCGAGAUCCCACCUUUCCGCAACCAGAGAAUCAGCAGCCCCGUCCAAGUCAGUUUCUACGUCUGCAACGGGAAGAGAAAGCGAAGCCAGUACCAGCACUUCACCUACCUUCCUGCCCACGUUCCAGUUAUAAAAACAGAGCCCACGGAUGACUACGAGCCCACCCUGACCUGUGGAGCAGCGGGCCAGGGGCUAGGUCCCCUCCCACGGCCAUGCUACAGCCAGCAGCUCACAGUGCCACCCGACCCUGGCUCCUGCCCUGUGGGGGGCUUUGCCCCCUGUGCCCAGAGGAGCACCCUGAUGCCCACGCCUCCCAGCGCAAGCCCGAAGCUCCACCACCUUUCCUCUGCUGCCUACUCCCAGGGUCUGGCCAGCCCAGGCCACAGCCACCUUGGACUCCAGCCACUGGCUGCAGAGGACCCCACCCUUCAGGAAGUGCCGAGACCCCUGGCCAUGCAGCCCGGCUCGCCUGAGCAGCCCCCUCCCGUCCUGCUGCAGCCGCAGGUGAGUCCACUUCUGAGCAGUAGCUGUCCUCUCGGUCGCCAGCAAGCUCUCUGUCCCAGCAGCCCCUCUUCUCCACCUCCGUCCGCUGCCCACGGGCCACCCUGUUUGCAGCCCUCAGCCCACCCUCCCACCAUGGGCCACCAGCAGCACCAACUGCCAAAGGGUCGAAGGAGCGAGGCUCCCACCGCGAGACCACAGUCACUGCCAGAGGUGCGGGAGGACAGUACUCGUAAUUUGGCCCCUAUUCCUGUAAUGGUCAAGCGAGAACCUGAAGAAUUGGACCAGUUGUACCUGGACGAUGUAAAUGAAAUCAUACGCAACGACCUCUCGGGCCCGGAGCCUCACUCCUAGACCGCGGGGAGCUGGCRGCAGCCGUGGGGUCGGCGCCACCCCACAGCCGAGCUCCCGCGCAGGCUCCUGACCAUGGGCCCAACACAGCUGGUGCCACUCAGACUCUGACUUCUGGCACGAGGGGCUGACGACCGACUGCGCUGCGUGUUCAACAAGGAGCUCUAUCAGGGGCUGCGUGCCUCCUGGGGGAAAGCCCGCCAAGAGGACUGCGGGCGGCGGAGGCCAGCCCCGACUCAGCACUGGAAGUGCCUUGUCUAACCAGACCACGUGGAGUCGUGGAGUUGAGCGUUGGCUGUGCUACCACGAGUAUCUGUAGGAGCGAAGACACUGGCUACGAGGCUCCGUCCUUGGUGUGUUAGGGGUCUGGCCAGCCGGGCUGUGAGAGACCCACCUUCCACGGCUCCCCGCUUCCUCCACGUCUCCUGGGCUGUGUCCUCAGGCUGCCUCAGCCCUGCACGUCUCUGCUCUGUGUGACUAACUCGUAGGACUUUAAUAGGAGCAUGCUGGGGUCUUAAUUUCUAAUCUGGUUUUGAAUAAAGCACAAAGAGGCCGAAUGGCUCCAGGUAGAGUCUUGGACAAAAAAGACACCGUCUGUAGGGGCGGGUCUGCGUCUGCAUGCCUGUACCUAGACCACCAUAGGCCUAUGUGUUCUUGGUGAGUGACAGACAGGGUGGCAGUGUGUGCUGGCAGGGCCUCCACAUGGGAAUGACCAGCUCCAGACCCACCUUCCAGCCCCUUCCACUGGGUCUGCCGCCCAGCACAGGUGGCAUCUUCUYGUCUCACACAGAGCACUUUAGACCCCAGAGAGGUGCGUUCAGACACCGGCAGGUCACCACGUGGCAGAGUCAGAGAGCAGUUGUAAAUACCUUACGAAGGGAGUGUAACAUAUUUGUCAAUUAUAGACUCGUCAUUCACAGAAGCCUUAGAGUCUCUG